AUGGCGCGAACAUCUCAAAUUAAGAAAGUCGCCACAUUGCGCCAGCGCUCCUACUCCUCCCCCUCUUCAUUCCUCCCCACGCCUAAACCAGCAAUUCACGACUACCCCGGGCUCGGGCUCCCCUUGCGCCAUCUCGUUCAAGACAAGUACGGCUUCUAUCCGAUCGGUGCGCACGGCAGUAAUUAUGAAGCCCACUCGGAGCCGAUCUUUGUGCGCGAAGUGGCUAUGAUGGACGUCAUAGAGAGAUUGACGGACAAGACCGAGUGGAGUAGGAAAGUGUUCGAUGAGGAGAUUGUGGCGAAGUGGAAGAAAGAGGCGUUAGCGUUGAAGGACGAGGAUUUUUACAGGCUGGCAACAAGUGGGAAGAGUCAGUAUUGGGGGGAUGACGGGGUAGAGUUGCGGGAUGAUGACGGGGGUGUGAUGCCAGAUAAUAUUCUAAAUGGGGUCGCUUUUGACUGCAGUAAAGCCAAGUAUCUGAAAAAAACUGGAAUCGUACCGACGUUGGAUGCUUGUGCAUCUGUGGCUAAGUCCGACUCCCUCGUCACGCCAGAGCUGCACGCCGCUUUACGUGCUGCUUUUGAGAAGCUCAAGGCCGAUCACGAAGCUGCUCCUGACUGGCACCCUUGCUAUAACGACAUGGUACAGGACUUUGUAGAUCCAUCCAUGUACCCUUUGAUUUAUGGCCGGACCCGCGCAUUCCAGCAAGAGUGCGUCGGUGUCGAAGAUGCGAUUUCCCACUGGGCCGGCAAAGGAGCCGUUGUGCCAAACGCAGAGCACCAAAAUUUCGAAGGAACCAAUUCGAUGCACUAUGGAGUCGGAAGCGGUACAUUGCCGCCAGAGUACUGGUCUGAGACGUAUCAAUGGCUGCCAGCUAACGUUACGUUUCAGCCAGAUGGUGGUGUCAAGUUCACCAGUUAUGUGAAUAACUUGCACCCGGGGAAGUAUCCCAAUAUCCAUCGGGUGCUUGAGGAGCUUAUUAAAGCUUCACUUCCUAUGUGGGAUCAGUGUCUUGCCUUGGCUGCCGAUUAUGAGAGCAGAGAAGGUGCGGGGAGGAUGAAGAAACGCAUGCCUAUGGUGGAUAACGCUGAUGAUGAAAAUGCCAAAAACUGGAUUCCUGAGGACGCACAAGAGUGCGCAGAUGCAGAAGUCACAGAGCAACAACUCGAAGACUUAGGAUACUCUCCAGACUGGUCUGAACCCAACAGACUAACAGAAUACAAAUGGAAGAUCGUGCGCAAGCCCAAGCUUCCCGAGGCAACUUUCUCAGACAUCUCAUACGCACCUCAGGAAGGCACACAGCUUGUGGAACGCUUCGCCUCCUCUGGCCUUCAAGUUAUUGUCAAAAUGGUCUCAAUUGAACUCACCCCCGAGAAACCGGACUUCCCCGUCGGCGGAUGGCACAUCGAGGGCCAAAUGAAUGAACACAUCGCCGCCACGUCGAUGUACUAUCUAGACAGCGAGAACAUCGCCGAUAACAGUCUGUACUUUCGCAUGCAGACGUCCGCGUACCUCAACGAUGAUGAUGCAUACCAGGUCGGCCAGGACUCGUACAAGUGGAUGGAAGGUGUAUAUGGGACUGGAUUUGGGUGCGGCAACUCGCCGUGUUUGCAGAAUUAUGGAAGUGUGGUGACAAAGCAGGGGCGCUUGCUGGCGUUUCCCAAUGUCUUGUAA